AGAAACCUUUGGUGCCAUAAUGAAGAAAAGCACAUUACAGUGUAAUGCAGAUAUACAUUAUCGAAGAUAUUUCAAGGCUCUUUCGGUGGAUUGGACGAAGAAGCCCAGUAUCUGUAAUGAACCGGAAAUUCUCAAGCAAUAUUUUAAGGAGCUCACCAAAACUCAAGAUUCAAAGGUGAGGGUAAGGAAAUCGCAUCUUAGCAUACAGAUGGCCCGGCAGAUGUUAUAUGAGGCAGCAUUAAAUGAGUCUGCUUUCCAACAAAUUUUAAACGACCAUAAAGUUGAUUUUGGUUUAGAAAUGGAUCCCUUGAAUUCAUUUGAGGUCAGAUGGAAUUUGUUGAGGUGAAAUUUUCUAUGGCUAGAGGCCCUUCCUAUUACCAAUUCUCACCUGUUUUCAAAUAAGAAAAUGAUAAAAACAGCUUCACCAUUCCAUAGCAAAACUACACUUUGACAAUUUUUGAUAUCUUGGCAUCUGAAGCAGCUGGAGAUACGAUAGUUUGACCAAAAGAACCAGCCAUUGCAAGCAAAAAUAGUGAGAGAAAAUGUGAACAUUACUGGAAAAUAAUUUCCUCUAAGACGUUAUUUUACUAAAAUUCUCAGAAGUUAUGUUACAACCUGUAACAAAAGUUGUGUUUAUUCCAAAGUCCAAAGUUUCUAUUGGUAAAAAUCAAACAAAAGAAUAUUGUAGAGAGCUCAAAGAAAAUAUUAGCUCAGAAACCCCAAACAUUAGCACUAUAUCGUUAUCUUCAGUAGCAACAUCUGAGAAUGGUCAAGGCAGUUGCAAAGUUAAAGAACAGAGAGAAACAACUAACAAUUGGAUUGUUUCCCCACAAGAAUCUAAGAAUUGUGCAACCAUGUUUAAAACAUCAAUGCAAAGAUCUCUUUGGAGAGAAUGUAAAAACAUUAAAACUUUAGCACAACCAAAUACCUUUUCUCAAAAAACAUUGAAAGAUACUAAUCUCAAAGCAUCUAGUUAUGAGCCAAAUUCUAUAACAAAAGAACUCAGAAACUGGAGAGAACGAAAUGUUUUGGAAAAAGAACUAAACCGUGACUUAGUACAACAGAAUUUGAAGACUGUUGAAAGUUCUUCAAAAAGUAAUCUGACAUUCUUUCUUCCCAGGAUUUCUUCCAAAAUCUCCAUGUCACAGCAUUCCAAUAGCAAAUCUAUUCACAAACAAUUGCAACUAACAAAUAUACCAUUGAAAGUCUCUCACAGAAAUUGUAACAAAGAUUGUAAUAUAUAUCAUAACAAACCAAAAGUAGUUUUCCCAAAUUUAUCUAGCUACACUAAUGAAUCUCCAUUGGACUUGAAAGAGCAGAAAUAUUUCACAUGUAAUUCAUACUUUCCUUUUGAAACUUGUGUCAAUCAAAGAAUGUGGAACUUGUUCAACAACACCCUUCCCUCUUCACCUCGUCGUAAAAAUUUAUUACUUAAUUGGUACACAAGCAUUUCUAACCAAUAUUCUCCAAAAGCUAGAACUGUCACCUCAACAAAACAGUCCAUUCCUUCAUGGUUGUCUAAAGAUGCUGAAGACAAUAUUGAAAUCAUUGGCACUCAGGCCUUAUAUCACAAAAAACAUAAAUAUUUUGAUAAAGAGCCAGCUUGGAAACCCCCUGUUUUACAUCCCUGACCUUAAUAAAAACCUCACUUCUUUCUCUAUACACCUUUUCAUAGCUAGAGCUACUGUAUUGUUCCUGUAUAUAUUUAGCUCACUCUGUUGAUCAGAUAAACUACCGAGACUAAGCAGUUCAAACAUUGUAUUGCAGUGGGUCAAAAUUUACAACUUUUGUUACCAGAAUUCAGGCUACAUUUCCAGUUUGAAUAUAACUUCUCCCAACAUGUCUGUGAGCUUCCAAAAACAUGUCUGAGAGGGACAUAAAAAGGGAAACAUUAAUUUACUCUUGAACAAUUAUGUGCUAAGUUGCAUCUUAAAAAUCUUUUCUUACAACAUUUAGCAACUACUCGCAACACCAUAUGCAAUUUAUCAAUUCAUAAUUCCAUAAGAGUGAGCUAUUCAAGAGAGAUAACUCUUUUUAUUACUAGUUUGACUUUCUGUGAUUGAAAAGCAGUGAGUUUUUCAUUUUACUUAAGAAGAUUUUCAUAAUAAGUCACAUAAUUAAAACCUCAUACACUUAUAAUUUUUAGCAUAAGGAAAAAUGAAAAAACAAAAUGGUACUCCAGUCGAAUCAUUUAAGGGUUAAUGGAUUAUCAAUGGACUUGUUAUUAGUAGAUUAACAGUGAUCGGCAAUAGAAUUGGAUUAACUCAAAACAGGAUGCUGGUGAACUAACGAUGAACAAGACAUUAAUUUUCAUGACUAUGAAACUCAUUAUCAGUUUAUGUUAAUCGUUUACACAAUAUUUUCCUCUUCCUCCUAUUCAUGAUGAUGAUGAUGAUGUAUGUCAUCAUAUCCCAAAUUUACAGUUUCAAGCUGGCUUUGGAAUCUUUAUGACUUAACAUAUACAUCAGCACAUGUACAAGUGAUUAAAUUUUGGCGGGAUAUUAAGUUCAAUAUUCCAGUAAUAGCAGCAAUAACGACUGAUGUAUCUAUCUACAGCUUAUUUGAUUUUCUGACCUUCCACUUUUCUCUUAAAAUCAAGAACAGAAUUCAUUCCAUAAUGCUAAAUAACUUCUUUUCUCUCACCAAACAUUUUCAAUCAUUCCUGAUUAUUUUUACUCUCUCUCUCUAUCUCUCUCACUCUCUCUCUCUCUCUCUCUCUCUCUCUCUCUCUCUCUCUCUCUCUUUAUA